CCAUCUUAAACUUCUCCUCUACCUUCUCUUUCUCUUAUUGUGUUCAUUCCUUUUUCCAUUUCAAUCAUUUGAUACCCAUUUCUCCACUUUGCUCAGGUUGAAGUCAAGCAGCACUGAGCUGUUCCGCCGCGCGCUGUUCGCCUCGCGUUUCUACGCGACCCUCAUGCCCGAAACCUCCGCUUUAAUUUUCUCUCGCCGGAUAAUAUCGAUUCAAACACAAACAUGGAAGACAAGAUGACGGAAGAUACCGUGUCCUCCGGAGUCCAAUCCUCCACAGAGGAUAAUGUUGAUCCCGUAGAAACCCUCGUGGGAGGGCGUGCGAAGCGAGCGACCGCCGGAAAGAACAUGGGAGCCCUGUUGGAUGCCGAGGCCGACGAUGAUCUUGCGCUUCUAUUCGAGGAAGUCGAGGACGACAAUGACUUCUCCAUGGAGGAGGGGGGUGGAGACCAGGAAGACGAUAUGGGGAUGGAUUCAUCGUCUUCGGACGAGGAGGAUCAGGGACCGAACGUGCAGGCGGACGAUCUGGAAGGCGAACGGGAGCUAGAAAAACAAGCAAAGGAGGACCGCAAGAAGCGCAAGGCGACGGAGAACCUACGGCUCACUGCUCUACGGAAAAAGGUCAAGAUCGAUCCGACGGCCAUCCCAGCAACAGCACCGCAGCAACCCCCGCGGCCGAAGAAGAAGUCGGAGCGCAUCUCCUGGCUCCCUACGGUGGAUGACGGGCCGACGCGCUCGUCUUCCCGCCGCCAGACGAUGCAGAACAAGGAACUCACGCAUGCUCGGCUCCAGGCCAGCGAGAAGAAGCGCAUCCGACUGAUCGCGACGAUGGAGGAGGCCGCCAAACGAAAGGCGGCGCAUAAACCAAAGCAGAUGACACAGGCUCAGCGACUGGCAGAGGCCGAGAGGGUGGAACGGGUGAACAGCAAGACUCUGAAUCGCUGGGAGGAGAUGGAGAGGAAGAAGGCCGCCGAGAGAAAAGCCAAAAUCGAGGCCCUCCAGAACCGCCGUCUGGAGGGGCCGGUCAUGACUUAUUGGAGCGGUGUCGCCACAUGGGUCGAUGGUACCCUGAAGCGUGUCGGGAAAGCAGACAUCACGCCCAAGGCCGACAAGGACGAUGCAUCUCGAAAGAAGAAGAAGGGAGACAACGAAGAGAAGGGUGCCGACGGCAAUACGAUCGCCGAGCAAAAGCCUGAUGCUGUUUCCGAGCUGCAAGGAGAUGCAACAGCAACGGCGCCAACUGUCCAAGGUCACGAAUCGAAGCCUAGUGAAACGGCAGCCGAAGUACAGCCAACAGAAAAGGCAGUGGAAGGAAACGCAGCAGAGACGGCAGAAAUGACAGCAGAAAAGACAGCAGAAAAGACAGAGGAGACAGCAGAAAAGAGAACAGAAGAGACGCCAGAAAAGACAACCGAAGAGGCAGCAGAAAAGGCAGAAAAGACAGAAAAGACAGCAGAGCAGAACCCGCAGAUAUCCCAAGUACCAGGAGAAACGCUCCCUGAAAACGGAGCCGUCCAGCAAGAAUCAAGUACUACUGAACAAGACGAACCGUUCGGCGAAGCCUCCCAGCCGGCAGCUACGUCCACAUCUGUGAAUAUGACACCGAAAGAAACCACCUCACCCAAGGAAGGACAGAUGCCAAGUGAAGACAAGGGAGCCAAAGAGCCGCUCUCGCAGAACGAAGACCCUCCUAGACCUCUGACUGAAUCAUCGGCACCCCCCAUGACUCCCACCAGAACACCCUCCUUUUCUAUCAUCGUGCCACCCCCGUCAAGGGGGCCGAAACACACAGAAGGAGAUAAAAUGGAGAUGGACGAAGAUAAAAGCGCCAAGGACCAAGGUGCCAUCGAUGCCAUGGACACUACGCCAGACGCAGGCCAGGAACAACCGAAGCUGAGCGACCAGCCCUCGGCAGAAGGUAUCGAGCCCGUGACAGGACCAGUCGAAGAUGCAGUUGCAGGACCAGCCGAGAAGGUCGAGAAUAUACAAGAACCUACUCCGGCACCUACGGAUGCGACUGCUGUCGUUCCUGUAGAACCUACAGCAGCAACCACAGCAGAAACCGCAGAUGUACCAGCCGGUCCUCCAGCACCUCCAGUGAUCGAGAAGACAGGCCGCAAUCUCACGGUGCUUGAGAAUUUCGACGACAAGACCGCGCAGAGCAAAGAGUUUAGCAUCUACUUCAACGCGAAGAAGCCUCCCAGGCUGACCAAGAUCUCCUCCUCGCUCUGCGUGAUCACCUCGCAACCGUCACGGUACAAACACACGACGACGGCGCUCCCCUUUGCAAACGCACACGCCUACCGCGAGAUUCGCCGCACGGCAGAGCAGAAGUACGCGUGGAGCACCAUGCUGGGCUGCUACGUCGGCCCUGUCGGGAUCGCCGCUCGGGGGGUCCCCGAGCGGUUCUUGGACCCGACGGCCACGGGGCCAGAGAAGGCAGGAAAUGCUCUCCCUGCCACCGUCUCUGCCACUGUCUCUGUCCCAGCGGAUGCUGUCGAGGUGGAUAAGUCGUAAUGUUAUCAGAUAGGCUUGUAUAUUUACUGAGAUACCCAAUCGUC